UGUAGACAGCCUCAAGCCGCUGCGGCGCGACGCGUCGCGAGGCGUCAACGGCCGCUUCCAGUGUAGACUCGAUGUCAGAAUCGCACCGCUCUCCCUUAAGACGGACCCACCCUUGCUGUCACCGGAGGUUCCCUUUAUACUCCCUUUUCACCCCCUCCCCCCCAAAACAAGAACGCACUAGACAAGACGGCUACGUGCUCCGCCGCGACCUCCACAAUAGACUGGAUGCGCACGUAUGUAGGCUGGUAUUUAUUCAAAAAUGAUGUUUCGAUGAAGUGUCUUGGGUUGUUUUCGGCCUACGCGACCGCGAUCGGAUCAGUGGAGAUGGAUACGUGUUUAUUAUUGUGUAAUACACGUCGUUUUUCUUCGACAAAUAAUGGAUUACCCAGCAUCUGGUUUGAAGAAUGAAGAACCGUACGACGCUGAAAUGAUCAAAACGAUGCACGUGAUGUCUUGGAUCUCCAAAAGGCUCGAGGUAUGGUCAUAUAAAAGACUCUACUGAUCGUUAACGGCUGAUAUUUUGUACAUCAAACUGGGAGACCAGGACUGCUUAAUGUCGGAUUACAAAGCCCAGCCUGGGUUGUGCUUGCACAGAUGGCGAACACAAGUGAUCCAGGGGGAAGCAACCCCUCGCUCCAGAAUUAUGCCAUCACUGCGUCUGCGGUCAAACUGGCGUCUUUGGGUCUCAUCACCUGCAUCAGCCUGCUCGGGAAUACAGUGCUCUCCGUGCUGGUGCUGAAAGACAGCUCGCUCCACAAGGCUCCAUAUUACUUCCUCCUCGACCUGUGCGUGGCAGACAUCAUCCGCUCGGCCGUGUGCUUCCCGUUCGUGAUGAUCUCCAUCAACAGCGGCUCCGUAUGGAGCUACAGCAUCACCAGCUGCAAGAUCAUCGCGUUCGUGGCCGUCUUGUUCUGCUUCCACAUCGCGUUUCUCCUGUUCUGCGUCAGCGUAACGCGCUACAUGGCCAUCGCGCACCACCGGUUCUACUCCAAACGCAUGACGCUAUGGACGUGCGUCGCGGUGAUCUGUAUGGUGUGGACGCUCUCGGUCGCCAUGGCGUUUCCCCCGGUCUUCGACGUCGGGACCUACAAAUUUAUCCGCGAGGAAGAGCAGUGCAUAUUCGAGCACAGAUACGUGAAAGCCAACGACACGCUGGGCUUCAUGCUCAUGCUGGCCGUGAUUGUGGCCACUACGCACGUCGUGUAUGUCAAAAUGCUAUGUUUUGUUUACGACCACCGUAAAAUGAAACCCGCGCAGCUGGUUCCGGCUAUCAGCCAGAACUGGACCUUCCACGGACCGGGCGCGACGGGCCAGGCCGCUGCUAACUGGAUCGCGGGGUUUGGACGCGGCCCGACGCCGCCGACGUUAGUGGGCAUCAGGCAGGUGUCACAUAAUGCCAACCGGAGGCUGCUCGUGCUGGACGAGUUCAAGAUGGAGAAACGGAUAGGAAAGAUGUACUACAUGAUCACGCUGGCGUUUCUGCUGUUCUGGGCGCCCUACAUCGUCUCGUGCUACAUCCGGGUGUUUGUGAAGGGAAACGCGCUUCCUCAGGUGUACCUGACCGCGGCCGUGUGGUUAACGUUCGCCCAGGCGGGGGCCAAUCCCAUCAUAUGUUUCAUAUUCAAUAAGGAGCUGAGAAUGAGGUUCAGAGCUUGUUUGCCGUGUUGCCUGACUACUCAAACACCCAUGGAGCCCUACUGCGUGAUUUGAAGUGUCUCUGCCUGCUUGUCAAACAUACAGUGGCCCCAAAACGUAUAGAAGAGACCUAGGAGUGUUCAAACCUAUCUCCGGUUUUUAAUAUUCCCAUAUUUGUCUGCUUCAAAUUAAAGCCGUUUAUGAUUCUAAUACUUCUUCUUCACAAAAAGUG